CAGGAUCUCCUGCAGACAUGGCGGUCUCCACCGCAGUCGGGAAACUGCGGAUCCCUCAGGUGGCCAAGGUCAAAAACAAAGCUCCAGCUCUCGUCCAGAUCACCGCCGAACAACUGCUCAGGGAGGCCAAAGAACGAGAGCUUGAGCUUCUUCCACCUCCACCUCAACAGAGGAUCGCAGAUGAAGAAGAAUUCAAUGACUACAAGCUGAGGAAAAGGAAGGCCUUUGAAGAUAACUUAAGGAAGAACCGGACUGUGAUUGGGAACUGGAUAAAAUACGCACAAUGGGAAGAAAGGCUCCAGGAAAUUCAGAGGGCUCGAUCCAUCUACGAGCGUGCUUUAGACGUGGACUAUAGAAAUAUCACCCUCUGGCUGAAAUAUGCAGAAAUGGAAAUGAAGAAUCGCCAGGCCAACCAUGCCCGAAAUGUGUGGGACCGUGCCAUAACAGCACUGCCACGAGUCAGCCAGUUCUGGUACAAGUACACAUACAUGGAAGAGCUGUUGGGGAACAUGGCCGGUGCCCGGCAGGUGUUUGAGCGCUGGAUGGAAUGGCAGCCCGAGGAGCAAGCCUGGCACUCCUACAUUAACUUUGAGCUGAGAUACAAAGAGGUGGAGCGGGCUCGGACCAUUUACGAACGCUUUGUUCUUGUGCACCCGCGGGUGAAGAACUGGAUCAAAUAUGCCCACUCUGAAGAAAAACAUGCUUAUUUUGCCCACGCACGGAAAGUGUAUGAGAGAGCUGUUGAGUUCUUCGGAGAGGAGCAUAUGGAUGAACACCUCUAUGUUGCCUUUGCCAAAUUUGAGGAAAACCAGAAAGAAUUUGAGAGGGCCCAGGUCAUCUACAAGUAUGCCUUGGACAGAAUCCCAACACAUGAGGCUCAAGAGCUCGUCAAAAACUAUACCAUCUUUGAGAAGAAGUUUGGUGACAGACGGGGUAUUGAGGCUAUCAUUGUGAGCAAACGCAGAUUCCAGUAUGAAGAGGAAGUGAGGGCCAGUCCCCACAAUUAUGAUGCGUGGUUUGAUUACUUGCGCUUACUGGAAAGCACUGCAGAAGCUGACACAGUGCGAGAGGUUUAUGAGAGAGCCAUUGCCAACAUUCCACCCAUUCAGGAGAAGAGACACUGGAAGCGUUACAUCUACCUCUGGAUCAACUAUGCACUCUAUGAAGAAUUGCAGGCAAAGGAUCCUGAGAGGACAAGGCAGGUGUAUCAAGCCUCUUUGGAAUUAAUUCCUCAUCAAGAGUUCACAUUUGCCAAAAUGUGGCUCUAUUAUGCACAAUUUGAAAUAAGACAGAGAAAUUUAUCAUCUGCCAGAAGAGCUUUGGGGACUUCCAUAGGCAAGUGUCCAAAGAGCAAGUUAUUUAAAGGCUACAUAGAACUGGAAGUGAAGCUUCGAGAAUUUGACAGAUGCCGGAAGCUUUAUGCAAAGCUGUUGGAAUUUGCACCUGAAAAUUGUACCUCCUGGAUUAAGUUUGCAGAAUUAGAGACAAUCCUUGGUGAUGUGGAGAGAGCCAGGGCAAUCUAUGAGUUAGCCAUCAGCCAGCCUCGCUUAGACAUGCCAGAGGUGCUUUGGAAAUCCUACAUCGACUUUGAGAUGGAACAGGGAGAAAUUGAGAGAACACGAAAUCUUUACCAACAGUUGCUCCAACGGACACAGCAUGUCAAGGUAUGGAUCAGUUUGGCUCACUUUGAGUUGUCUGCAGGAGAAGACAGAAGUGUGUCUAAAUGCAGACAGAUUUAUGAAGAGGCUAACAAAACCAUGCAGAACUGUGAAGAAAAGGAAGCGAGGCUUAUGCUGCUGCAAUCGUGGAGACGCUUUGAGGAUGAAUUUGGAACAGUAUCAGAUAAGGAGAGAGUAGACAGACUCAUGCCAGAGAAAGUGAAGAAGAGAAGAAAGGUUCAGACUGAUGACGGGUCUGAUGCAGGCUGGGAAGAAUACUGUGACUACAUCUUUCCAGAAGAUGAAGCUGCCAGCCAACCUAACCUCAAACUUCUGACUAUGGCUAAACUUUGGAAGAAACAACAAGAAGAGGAGGAGACUGGGAGCCACUGGGAGGAGGCCUCAGAGCAGUCUGCAGACUUAGGAAACGAGGAAGAAAUGAGUGAGGGUGAAGAGCCCGGCCACGAAGACCUCAUCUUGGCUGUUCCAGAGUCGCGAUCUGACAGAGAUUCCGGGGAUAGUGAAGAAGAGGAGGAGGAAGUGGGCGAGGGGACCCCGCAGAGCAGCAUGUCCACCACAGGGGACCACUCUCCUGACUCCCCAGCCCUGUGGCCCACUGAGCCCAAGCAGGAACUGCCCAAAUACCUGCCGGCACUGCAGGGCUGCCGCAGCGUGGAGGAGUUCCAGUGCCUGAACAGGAUUGAGGAAGGCACCUACGGGGUCGUGUAUAGAGCCAGGGAAAAGAAGACAGACGCCAUUGUGGCUCUGAAAUGGUGGAAAGUGGAGGGGAGAGAAGGGUUCCCAAUCACAUCCCUGAGAGAAAUCAACACCCUCCUCAAGGCCCAGCACCCCAACAUUGUCACCAUCCGGGAGGUGGUGGUGGGCAGCCACAUGGACCAGAUCUACAUAGUGAUGAACUACGUGGAGCAUGACCUCAAGAGCCUCAUGCAGACCAUGCAGCAGCCCUUUCUGCCAGGGGAAGUGAAGACGCUGAUGCUUCAGCUGCUGCAGGGGGUGAAUCACCUGCAUGACAACUGGAUUCUGCACCGGGACCUCAAGACCUCCAACCUGCUGCUGAGCCACGGAGGCAUCCUCAAGAUCGCUGACUUUGGGCUGGCUCGAGAGUACGGGAUGCCCCUGAAGGCCUACACCCCCGUCGUGGUGACCCUCUGGUACCGCCCCGAGUUGCUGCUGGGCGCCAAGGAGUACUCCACACCCGUGGACAUGUGGUUGGUGGGCUGCAUCUUCGCAGAGCUGCUGACACAUAAGCCCCUGUUCCCUGGGAAGUCAGAGAUGGAUCAGAUCCACAAGAUAUUCAAGGAUCUGGGGACUCCAAGUGAGAAAAUCUGGCCUGGCUACAAUGAGCUCCCGGUGGUCAAGAAGAUGACCUUCAGCCAACAACCCUACAACCACCUCCGGAAGCGCUUCGGGAUUCUGCUCUCAGACCAAGGCUUUGAUCUCAUGAACAAGUUCCUGACCUAUUUCCCUGGGAGACGGAUGACAGCAGAAGAUGGCCUCAAGCAUGAGUAUUUCCAUGAGAACCCCCUCCCUAUAUACCCUUCCAUGUUCCCCACCUGGCCUGCCAAGAGUGAGCAGCAGCAGCAGAGGGUGAAGUGUGGCACCAGCCACCAACCCCCCAGGGGUGGUCUAGGCUUCAACCAGCUGGGUGAGAAGGAGGAGGUGAUGGAGACAGGCUUCUACCUCACCACCACCAACCAGGGGGCCUCAGCCGUAGGUCCAGGCUUCAGCCUCAAGUUCUGA